AUGCCCUUCAGUACCAUGGACACUCCACGUGCGCUUGCGCAUCCCCUUCGUCGGGCUAUCGUCAUAGCCUUUGGUCCAACAUUGCUAUUGAAUAUCGUUGAAGCUGCUGUGGUUGGCUCUGGACUCCCCUUAAUCGGAGUCCUUGCCCAUCUUGUUUCCACUAUUAUCUGCAUUGCUUAUUUGCGACUCGGAAAGCCAGGAGGCGAACAAGAAGGCGUCAUACGUCUUGGGCCCUCACAUGAUAAACCUCACAUGUUUUUUCGUCGAGCAUGGUUCCUAUUUGUUCUCGAUGCAAUCUUCACGGCCAUCUUUUUCCCAAUUCUCGUUCUCAGAUGGGUCUGGGUCCCGAGAUAUGCUGGCCAAGCCGUCUUAGCAACAUACGCCGAGAUUCCUCUGUUUAUUGCACUGGCCUGUCACGCUUGCCUUUGUCUCUUGACAUUGCAAGACCUCCUCGGGCUACGCCAUUUCGCCGACCUUUUUACCCCGAAGCUUUGCCCGACCUGUCAAGAUUCUCAGCGUCCGAUUCCUCCCCUCAUAGGAUCAGGUUUCAAUUCUCAACAUCCAGAUUUCAACUCUCAGGCCUCUAGCGUCGGGGCUGACACUCGCGUCGCAAUAUAUCGCGACUCGGCCGAAAACGAGACUGGAGAGUCGGCCGACAGGGAGGUGCGCGCUGCAGACGAUGGAAGCUCUCAUAAUCCCAAAUAUGGCAAGGAGGUCGGCCUGGAAAUUGUCUAA